GCUUGUUGGCGGUGCCACAAAACUCAGCGCUUCAGUUUGUACGGUUACUUUGGAGGAAUCUCUUUCAUGGCGAAGAGCAAGUCUCUGGAGUUGGUGCCCAAAAGCAGCGGUUCCAAAAGGAAGAAAAUUAGCUCAGAUGAGACAGAGGUGUGUGUUGAUGAGGAAUUGGAGAGAAAAUUGAAGAAGAAAAAGAAGAAAAAGAAGAAUACCGAAAUAGAGGAGCCAACACUGAUAAUUCCAGAAAUUCAAAAUGAACCAGACUGCAAAAAACAGGGAAAAAGCCAUAAACUCAAAGACAAAGAAAACACCGAACAAAAAAAGAAGCGGAAGAAGGCGAAAAAAGAGGAGAUUGUGGAGCCGCCUGCACACCUCGAGGAAGUGGAGGAGGUGAUGGAAGGCGAGGAGGACUUGAGUCCAGAGGAGCGACGGGUCCUGGAGCGAAAGCUGAAGAAGAUCCGUAAGAAAGAGGAGAAGAAGAAGCUCAAAGAGGAGGACAAAACAAAGGAUAAAGUCCAGGAAUCUAGGCCCAUUGAACCACAACAGGCCUUGGAUUACCUGACCUGCUGGGCAGAAAACAGGAAGGUGUGGAAGUUUCAGAAGACCAGGCAGACGUGGUUGCUGCAGCACAUGUUUGAUUCGGACAAGGUUCCUGACCAGAGCUUCUCCGUACUCCUGUUGUACCUGGAGGGACUGCGUGGGGGCGCCAGAGACACCACCAUCCAGAAGGCAGAAACCCUCGUUAAGGAGCUGGGAGCCACUCCAGAGGACGAGGACGCCCGGAAGAGGAUGCAAAGAGCCAGAGAGGUCGUCCAGCUGCUCUCCUGACCUACAAAACACCACAUGCAGCUGCCUGUCUCAAAUAGUUCGCUUAUUUAUCAGUGUGGGCCCCAGGCUACUGUUACCCCUCUCAUUUCAGAAUUACAUAUGUCACUGGUAAUACCCAAAAAGCCUUACAAAACAAGUUUUAUAUUUUAAUACCAGACUUUGAGAUCACACGACUGUGCGUCCACGUUCUGUGUCUGAAUCUGUUAAUAUCCUGUCCAUAUCGUCAUGAUCCUGAUAUGCUGAUUGCUGUGGCUGGACUGCAGCCUAACUGUGUAGAAUUCUGACCAAAAAGUGACUUUCAUAUCCGGGUCUGGAGAACUUCUCACAGGGUGAACAUAACCAGAUUCACAGGCAUCCAAAUGUAUUAGGUAAUGUGAUUAGUUUUAAUUGCUUCAUAUUGGUUUCAUUUCAUUUUUCUAUCUUUUAUUUCCUGGAUACUCACAAGCGUUGGGUCCCCGUCUUCAAACUGUAUAAUAUGAAUAGGCUGUUGAUAAAAUCAAAUCCUUUUUGUAAGAUUGUAAUAAAGUAUAGGAAUCUGGGACAAAGCUGUCUAAAUGACUGUAUUCAUGUUUUUUUCGGAUUUUUUUAAAAAAUUUUUUUUACAUGUGCAGUCACCAGCCGUUUCUUUUCACCUGACAGUGAGGAGUUUCGCCAGG